CCCCAUCCCCAACCUGGGUUUUCUUCCCCUCUCCUUCAAACUGCACCUGCUGCUGUCUCUUGCAGUCGCAUACUUCCGCUCGCCCCGGCCGAUUCCUUGCGCAGCUUGCCGAAUCCAUACGCGUCCCACACCCCGUUCGACCCCUCGUGGUUCCCUCCCGUUGAAGCUAUCCUACCGCAUACAGCUCCCGAGGCUCCGCAACGAUGGCUCCCCGAGGGCCUGCGAAGGCUCGCGAGUACGAUUAUGCCAAUGUUGGCAAAGCUGGAAGGCGCACGGGUAUAGUGUUAAAGGAAGGAAAGCGUGACGAACAUGGGAUGGAAGAUGUUGAAGGAAUAUUUUCUUCCCCCGAGACCUCUCCCGUUAAGGAGCUCAGCUUCGGUAACCGGAACGAGACCUCCAUCGGCUCGGACGGCAUGUCCAUGGACGAGGGGAACGGACCAGGUCCCGCUGAUUUUCUAAAGGGCAGACGUAGCUCUUAUUUCCCACCUCCCGUUGCGCGCUCGCCAAUGAAGACCGGACUGACUGGCUCCCCGCGGAGAACUCCUGGCCUGCGGUCUUCUCAGAGUCCGCAACGCGACGUUUCAUAUUCCAGUCCUUCAGAUGGGAAGGGCCUGGGAAGUGCGAGGGGCGAAUCAAGACGAGAUGUAUCUCCACUUACUAGUCGUUCCAUAAAUGCGGCACCGUCUUUAAAUCAUAUCAAUGGCGCUCGAAACAAUAAGCUGAAUGAGGAGAUAUCCGAGGAGGUGAUGGAUUCCGGCUUUUCUGACAGUGAUGCCAACAGUCAGCUAAACACCGAUGAGAACCGACAUUCCUAUGGACGGAUACACGAUGAUUUUGUCGACAGUUUCAACGCCGGCGAUGACGUCUUGAUGGCCGACCACACAGAUGAACCAGAUGAGAAUGGCGCCGACCUGGACUCGCCAGUAACCGUGGCUUCCGAAUCGCGCAACAAGAGAGGGCAGGUCAAACCUGCUUCAAAGGCUAAGAGAGGCACCCAAGGUGCAAGAGCCGGGGCAUCCACCGCAGUACAGGAUAAUGAGACUGAGGAAGAGCCUACACAAAAGCGCAAACGUCCUGGAAGACCUCCCAGGGCUCAACGCAAGCCUAACAACGAAACCGAAGAACAACGGCCGACGAAAAAACCCAGGAUGUCUGAUGAGAAUAAUAGAAACCCCAGCCCGUCGGGUAAUGCGGAAUUAGAUAAGGUUGUGGAGAGCUAUGUCAAUCGCACAGGGCCAUUGAAGGGCCGGAGCCUUUAUAUCUUGAAGCGCGAAGUGCCUUCAGAUGGCGCUGCCACUCAUACGCGAUCAGGACGUGUUUCGGUCAGACCUCUCGCUUACUGGCGAAACGAACGGUGUGUUUAUGGCGACGGCGAAGCUGCGGAGGGCCAGCGGUAUCCGCUUUCAACCAUCAAGGAGAUCAUACGCACAGAAGAACUUGAGCCAAAGAAACCCAAAUUGAAUAAGCGCCGCCCUACUAAGAACUCGAAAUCCAGGAAGAACAAGGAUGACGAUUCAGAUGACGAAGGAGAAUACGUUGAUCCUUGGGAGAAAGAGACCGGGAUUUUGCAUGGUUAUAUAAGGAAGUGGGACGAGGAGGCUCAGGCAGUUGGUGAGGAAGAAGAUAUCGUUGACCUUGCCUAUGCCCCGGCUGGGAUGGAGACAAGGAGUGUCAAAGAUUCCUCAUGGCGAUUUGCAAAACUUCUCAGCUCCCCCUUUCUGGGCUCUGGGAUCGUUGAAUUGCCGCCUGGCGGGGUCAAAAAGCCCAAGAAUUCCAAGAAGAUGCACAUGGUCUUCUACAUCUGCCAGGGCCGGGUGCAAGUAGAUGUCUCUGGUGUCCGAUUCAGUGCCGGCAAGGGCUGUGUAUUCCAGGUUCCGAGAGGCAACUAUUACAGUUUUGCCAACACACAGAAUAAAGAUGCCCGGUUGUUCUUCACACAAGGUUGCGUUCCUACGAACGACGACGAUUCUCUCCCCGGGUCGGCAACUAAACCCGGUGCCAUGGAUGGUGAUUCCAGUACACCAACGGGACGUCCAACCGGCGUCAAGGGCAGACCCAGGGGCAAACAGAAAGCCGGCGGGCGUAAAGCAGCGUAAUUACUGCUUCAAUAUUGGUCCGCUCUACCGUGUUCUCCUAUCUUUUCGAAACAUUCACCACCUAUAUCCUGCCCGCUAUAGGGGUUCUCAUAGCUUCGUCCCUACUCGGUUCUCCUUCUUUUUCUUCUUCUUCUUCUUCUUCUU